AUGAGCGCAGAUCCCAUCAAUAUAAUAGUCGGUGCAGAUCUCUACGGCGUCCUCAUAGUUGACGGGCUCCGCAAGGGAACGGUCGGACAGCCGAUCGCUCAAAACUCCGUACUAGGAUGGGUGAUCUCGGGGCCCAUCCCACCUUCAAAGGUGGAGUCGCAUAUUACGUCGGUCGCAGCAUCGGAACAACCGCCACUCCGGGUGAGCGCACAUCACUGCCUUAAUCUGUCCCUCGAUCAGGAGCUUAGAAAAUUCUGGGAGGUCGAGGAACUUCCGCAUAAGACACAUCUUAACCCGGAAGACGCGCAAUGUGAGGAGCAUUUUCGCCGCACCCACUCACGUUGUCCCGAUGGCAGAUACAUGGUCCGCCUUCCGUUUAGGGCCGGUCCCCUUAUCGAAAUAGGUCAUUCUCGAGGUGUCGCCGAGCACCAUCUCAAAGGCUUAACUCGAAGAUUAGAUGCUCAUCCAGAGCAAAAACGGGAGUAUUCCGAAUUUUUACGCGAGUACGAAACCCUCGGGCAUAUGAUCGAGGUGCCCGCUUCAGAUGACGCGGAAGAGCAACGCGUUUACAUCCCGCAUCACGCGGUCAUGCGAGAAAGUAGCGCCACGAGUCAUCUGCGCGUCGUCUUCAACGCGUCUUGCGCAACGUCAAACGGGUCCUCGUUAAACGACCAUCUCCUGGUCGGACCCAAACUUCAACCUGAUCUACCGGCGAUCAUCCUGCGAUGGCGACUAUUCAAGUACGUGUACACGGCCGACAUGACUAAAAUGUAUCGGCAAAUUCGUGUCGACCCGCGUGAUGUAACGUAUCAACGCAUUCUUUGGCGCGAACGUCCUACUGAUCCGCUUUGCGAAUACAUCCUUCUCACCGUCACAUAUGGUACCGCGGCCGCUCCGUACUUAGCGCUUUGCGUACUCGAUCAGUUGGUAAACGACGAAGGACAGGCAUUUCCCUUAGCUGUUUUCAUACUCCAGAAAGGGAAAUAUAUCGACGAAACUCUCUUCGGCGCGCAUCGCCUCGAGGACCUCCGUAUCGCCCGCGAUCAACUCAUCGCCCUCCUACGGAAAGGUGGCUUUGAGUUGAGAAAAUGGGCCAGUAAUAAUUCGGAGCUUUUGUCGGACAUUGAUCCCGCGAAUCACGGACUCGCGUGCAACAAAAUUUUGAAAACGGAUGAAAGUUUGAAAAUCCUCGGGGUCAGUUGGAACCCUGCGCGCGAUAUCUUUCAAUUUCAAACGGCUACCGACGCCCCUGCUCCGCAAACAAAGCGAUCGAUUCUUUCCGCGAUCGCGAAACUGUUUGACCCGCUCGGUUGGGUGACUCCCGUCACGAUCACUGCAAAAAUUUUGAUGCAACGGUUGUGGCGUCUUAAGUUCGAGUGGGACGACACGCUCCCUCAUGACAUAUUGCGCGAGUGGAAACCGAUUUACAAUCAAUUAUCCGCGCUCAACGAGCUACACUUGCCGCGGUGGACCGGUCAAGAGUCGGACUCUGAUCGUUGCGAACUGCACGGCUUCGCCGAUGCGUCUAACGUCGCGUACGCCGCCGCUGUCUACCUGCGCGUAAUCUCCAAAUCUGGCCGUAUAACUAUAUCUCUGCUUAUGGGAAAAUCGAAAGUCGCUCCG